UAGACUGAAACAAGUUAAUAAUGACUUACAAACUUCAUUGGAAAAGCAAGAGGAGAAAAUAGUAGAGCUCAGUGGACAGCUAGAUGAACUAAAGGAACUUAUUGCAAAUAAAAAUCAGGGAAUUGCUCAAAUGAAAGAAAACCAAAAACAUGUUCAAAGAAUAGUUGAUGAAAAGGAAGAACAAAUUGCAUGUCUUGAAACAGAUCUUGAAAGCAGUAACGUUGAGAAAGAGAAACUGAAAGAUGAACUACAAAAUGCAGUUGAUGAAACACGUAACAAACAAAUUCUUAUUGAAAAUCUUGAAAAGACCAUCACAAAUCUUCAGUCUAGUCAUUCUGUUCUUCAAGAGCAGUUACUUGGUACUCAGUCAGAAUUGGAGUCUACUCAGACAUUUUCCCAAAUAGUUCAGUCACAAGUUGAUCAAGUCACAGAGGACUGUAAAACCGUUCAGGACAGAUUACGUGAUCUUGAGGAAGAGAAGGCAGACAUGUUUAAUAGACUGGCUAUGGCAAAUACAACAGUAGAUGAAUUACAAAAUGAUUUGAAAGAAAAAACUGCAAAAACAGAUGAACUUCUGGAUGAAAAACAAAACCUUACCAGUGCAGUUAAAGAGUUGAGGCUAGAAAUCGCUGACAAAGAUAAACAGGUAGAUGACUUGAAAAGGAAACAUGAUGAUUUUGAAAAUAGAGUAACAAGUCUGGAGCAUGAAAAUUAUGCCUUAAUAUCUGCUCUAGAAGAACAAAAAUCACAGUCAGAUUCCACUGAAUGGGAAAAGAAACAAAUGGAACAAAAUGUCCAGACACUGGGAAGUCAGUUAAAGGAAGCCACCAUCAAAUGUGAAACAUUAGAAAUUGAGAAAACACAAAAUAUAUCAGAUUAUGAAAUAAAACUGAAUAAUGAAAUAACUUCAUUUUUGGAAUUACAGGAUCACUGUACUCAGCUUAAGAGUGAGUUGACAGAAAACAAAGGUGAUCUUGCAAACCUGAAAAAAGAACUGGAAAAUGUUAAACUUGAAAAUUCCAAUCUUGAUAAACUGUUGGAGGAAGCCAAACUACAGAAUGAUGAGUUGAAGUGCACUAUGUCGUCCAGUAAUCAGGAGAUAAAAGAGGUGAAAGAUACUUGCUUGUAUCUUCAAAAAACAAUAGAAAGUCAAGAUGAGCAAUGCAAAAAGCAUAGCAAGAAGCUAAAGGAAGUCAAGAACUUGCUUAAAUCAGCUCAGGCUGAUGCUGGAUCUUAUCGAGAUAAGAUAAAAACUCACGAAAAAGACAUUUCAGAACUGAAAAUUCAACUGGACACUUUUGAGAAGGCCAAAAACGGUGCUGAGACAGAUGUUGAAACAUUCAAAGAUAUGAUUGAAUCAUUGGAAAUGGAAGUGUCAUCAUUAGAAGGUGAAAAAAAUAACCUGUCAUCAAGUGUGGAAGCUUUACAGAAAGAUGUUGAAGAAUCAACCAAAAGGAUUGCUAGUUUGCAAAAAGAGUUACAAACUGUUACUGAGAGAAAUGCUGUGCAAGAGAAUGAACACAAGACUUUGGUGGAAAAACUGCAAACUGAAAAUACAAACUUGAAUUACUGUCUUGAUUCUUUGAGUGCAGAAAAACAAGAACAAGAACUGAAAUUGAAGAAUGAUUCACAGAGUGAAGCAAAGUUAAACGAAGAAAACAAGAUGCUUAAAAAUAAGUACAGUGAGUUGGAAAAAGACUUGGCAGCUAAAAAGUCCUCGGUGGACAGAUUACGAGAACAACUGGCAAGUCUUCAAACAAAAGCAGUAACACUAAGAACUGAAAAUGAACAGGUUAAAGAUAAAUUUAAAAGACAAGAAAAUGAGAAGCGAGAAUUGCUUAGCCAGUUCUUGACACUUGAGGACCAAAAAGCAAACCUUGAAAAAAGCAAACGUUCACUGAUUGAAGAAAUUGAAGGUUUAAAAAGUGAACUUGAAACCAAAGCAGUCAACGUACAAAAGGUACAGAAGCAACUGGCUGAAGCAGAGAGAAAAUGUGAUAUUGCAGAGGAUGCCAAAGUGAAAGCAGAAAAUGAAAAAGUAGUUUUAGCAAAGCAGUGUAAAGAACUUGAAAAAGAAAUCAUGAAGUUAAAAAAACAGUUGAAAGAACUAGAGACUGAAAUGACUGCUUCAAGAAAUCACUGUAAAGAACUGGAGGUAAAACUGAAGAGUGUUCUGGAAGAGAAUCUUGCCAGGACUCAACACAAAACACGGGCUGCUCUGCUGGCCAACAGUAAAAAGUCUGCUCCAGUUGCCAACAGUAAAAAGUCUGCUCCAGUUGCCAACAAUACAAGGACCAGUGAACCUAGGUCAGCAGAGUCAGUACAGGUAACUAAACCAAAAGAAGAACAAACUCAAGUGGGAAAAAGAAAACAUUCUGAACAACCAGUUCCAGUAAACUCUAGAGCACCCACAAGCCCCAAAAGGACCCUUAGAAGUGCAUUUGGCAAGGACAUUUCUAAUAGUCCUCAGAAGAAACCUGUGAAGACUGAAAAGGACAAAAAAGCUGGAACAGCACAGAGGUGUCUUAGUCUAAACAAGUCACCUGAACUGAAACAUUUGAAACGUCCCGUUCAGAAACUUGACAAGCCAACAGAAGAUGGUGAACAGGAGUGCAAUGUGCAGUAGUUCCCAAUGUGUACUGUUUCUAUUGCAGGUGUUUAGUGCUAAAGCUUGCCAUUUUCUGGUUAUGAUUUUAGAUACUUGCAGUAUGGCACUUCCAUGUUAUCAAAUAGUUAAUUGGUUCAGUUGGACAAGAUCUCAAAGAUUUCACAACAUUCUCCUGGCCACCAGUUACAUGGAAAAAAAAGAGCUCUAUUUUUGUGCUUUUAAAUUUUACUAGGCUUUUUUUUUUAUGUAUGGAUGGAGAGAGUGUACUAAAGAUACAUAUUUCACUGUUCCAAAAUGUUCAUGUUUCUUUCUUUUUUUCUGUUUAUCUUUUGGCAUCAAUUUUUAUGUUUUGUCUCACUUUGACAGAGUCAGAAGGUGAAAUAUGGGUAUUGUUUUUCUCAUAACAACAUGUCAAAUUUGCAUUUAGCUCUACUGUUAAGUUUUCAAAUUUUUGUUCAUUUCUCACAAACUAUAAGUUGAUAAGUCUUAGAUCAAUGAAACUUGAUUUACAGCUGAAAUUAUAAAUGUUCAUCUCAACCCAUGUUUAAAAUUUAAAUAUUAAAUGAUUAUUUUUAUAUAUUUAAAUUUAAUUUAAUUUUGUUAUUAUUAUUUUUUUUUUAAAUUAGAUUAAUCUUGAAUCAGUGUUUGACAAAUGUUUGAAAGUUACUAGCCCUCAAAGAAGUUUUAGCUAGUUUUCUACAUGUAUGUAUUAUUAGUAAUACUAGCUCAAACAAAACAUUCACUAGCCCAGGCUGAAGGCUGGUAGAUUUGUUGAACCUUGCCUGAAUGUUACAUCACAAAUUAUUUCUUUUUUUUAUCACAUGUUUAUUAUCAGUUUAUGGUAUUGAUACUUAAAGGGACAUACCCAAGUUUUUAAACACUAAGGCAUAUUUUUCACUAUUAGAGCUGUUUAUGAUCACUGAAAUCCAACAUUACUUAUAUUUUAUUGUUUAGA